AUGCCCUUGCGUCCGCUCUCCGAAUACUUGACGACGACUUUCACCAAAGGCUACCGCAAACACGCCGGACGCGCGGGGCCGGUCGUGCUGUUGACGGAUGACGGUGAACGGCGGGUUAGCGAGGAGGAGCUAGGUCCCUUCCCAUCCGGUUUGGACCUGGGGCCCGAGGGGAAAGAGGUUCGGUGGUUUUCGGAUAGGGAGAUGCUCCGGUUGCACGGGUUCCCCGAAGCUUUUGAUUUCCGGCCCUCACCCCACGUCAGCGUUGUGCUUUGGUAG